UGACUUAAUAAAGUAGUGGGUCUCGGACUCUCGGCCAUGAUUCUCUGGACGUGUAGCCCGCCCAAGAAGCCACGGCCCACGGUUAGAGGCUCUGAUCUCUGAACUGUUCUAGUGUUCAAAUAGUUCGAUCGAACUCGUCUCAACUCUCAACCUUGUUAGAUUUGCAUUUCCAUUCCCUGUGUUUUAGCGUUUAGGAGAAGGAAGGAAAGCACUCCGUGAAGCCAUAAAUACAUAUAGACAGAGGUCGAGACAGACAGUUUCAAAAGCAAGUGAGAGUUUUAAUGGCGGAGAAACCCCAGCCGGUUCGCGUUCUGUACUGUCCUGUUUGCAGUCUCCCUGCUGAGUAUUGCGAAUUUGGACCUGAUUUUGAGAAAUGCAAGCCCUGGUUGAUCGAAAAUGCUCCUGAACUUUACCCCGAUCUUCUUAAAGACCGCAAUAACAAGCAGGUUGAUAAGGUUUCCGAGCAGCUCCAAUCCGUUGGAAUUUCUUCCGGUGGCGGUGACGUUGCUGCUACUGUAAUUCCGUCGGGAGGUACCUCAACAUCUAAGCAAGAAGAAGUAAAACGACUUCCUGGUGGGAAGAUAAAGAAGAAAGAGAAACAAGAAAUUAUUAUUGAGAAGAUUGUACGCAACAAGAGGAAAUGUGUCACUGUUGUGAAAGGGUUAGACCUCUUUGGUAUUAAACUCAGUGAUGCUUCAAAGAAGCUUGGGAAAAAAUUUGCAACAGGGGCAUCUGUUGUUAAGGGACCAACUGAGAAGGAGCAGAUCGAUGUCCAAGGAGACAUAGCCUAUGAUAUCAUGGAGUUCAUUACAGAGACCUGGCCUGAUGUGCCGGAAACUGCAAUUUACUUCAUUGAAGAUGGUAGGAAGGUAGCUGCUGCUUGAAUUGAUGGCAAAGUUGGUGCCAUCUUUAGUUUUGAAUGAAUCUAAGCUUGUACCAUGCCAGGAGAGUGGGGCACUCUACCUUCACUCAUUCUUGCGUUUCUCAUCCAAUGUACUGUGCUUUUAACUGAAAAAGGUCACUUGAGUUCCAAGAGAUGAGUUAAAACAUUUUCUUUUCUAUGGAAUAGAACUCGUUUUAUCAGUUCAAGAAAAAUGCGGUCAGAACUCAACCUCCAUGGAUGUGAUAUCUAUGUAAAUUCUUCUGUGAAAUAUCAUUUGUUUGUGCUCCCCAGUGACCGCAGUCA